AUGCUUACAGCACAAGAGAGUCGUGUGCAAUUUAUUUACUUUAUGCUCUCCGGCUUGGUGGCUUGCACCAUGCUCAUACUUUUCUAUAUAUCCAUGCGCUCAACACUUAAUGAACGACUGCGCGAUGAUCUCAAGCUGCUGCAGCGGCAGCUGAACUAUGAAAAGCCCAAUCCACAUUGGAACUACAGCAACAGUUGGCGACACAUUGGCAAUGCCACGCUGCGGCAUGAAAUCUACUCAGCCUACUUUGAUGUGCGCACUGAUAUUAUAGGCAAGGUGAAGUUCGAUGAGCAGCAGCUGACUGUUGGCUCGCUGCGCAUUUUUGCUAUACUGCCGGUAAAAUUACGUGAUUCCAGCAUUAGCUGCAUUGUGCGCUUUGCGGACUUUAGCAGCUAUGAAAUUGUGGCCGAGGAGGCGGGCGCCAUGCACGAGGUGCACAACAAUAGCUUUGCCGCUUGGAGCAUUAUGUGUCCAUUGCAUUUAACCAGGCAGCAUAGCUUAGAUCUGCCACGCGAUGUGGCGCUCAGCUAUGCAUCCAAUCGUCUAAGUCAUCUGAGUCCCAGCUAUGUGCCAAUUAGCUAUCCACGCAACAUGUCCGAUAUGUUUAGCAAGUCACGUGCUACAAUUUCGGUAUGCGUAGGUCCGCUGCAGGAGAACUACUCAAAUGUGCUGCGCCUGGUGGAAUUUGUGGAAAUGUAUCGCCUGCAGGGCGCUACGCAUUUCUAUUUCUACUACGUGGAUGCCAGCGAGGAUGUGCGACGUGUGCUCUAUCACUAUCAACGUGUUGGCCUGGCGGAUAUCUUUGAGUGGAAUGUGCAGACGCAUAUGCAUGAUCUGCACUAUGCUGGAAUUGUGGCGCAGUUCAAUGAUUGCGUCUAUCGCGCCAAUGUGGUGGACAACUAUCGCUAUGCGGCUGUAGUGGAUCUGGAUGAAGUGCUUAUGCCGCUGAAGCACAAUUCGCUGGCGGACUAUUUGCGCCAGUGCGACGAGGGACGCAGCUCGGGCUUUGUGUUUCGCAAUGUCUUCUUCUAUCGCCGCGACAGCAACGACACCUUCAAUGCACCCGCCUACACACAGAACCGCGUGCUCUAUACGCAGUCGAAGGUGCGUCGCACACUGGAGGUUAUGCCCGCGUAUAUGCGCAGCAAGGUGCUGGUUAAUACGCGUGGCAUAGUUGAGAUGGGCAAUCAUCAGAUUUAUCGCUCCGCUCCAGGCUUUACGGAUCAUGUGGUGCAUCAGACUGUGGGGCUGCUGUUCCAUUAUCGCGACAAGUGCAUCAACUGCAAGAUGGUGCUGAUUGUGGAUUAUACAGCGCGACGCUUUGGCUCGCUGCUGUUCGAUCGUGUGGACAACACUUGCUUGGCGGUCUUUCUGGAGCGGCGUGGCGUUUGUGCGUUCGCGUAGUCUUAUCGCGCGGGAUGUACGCCCAUUAAAUUUAAGUGCGUCUGCUGCUCUGCGUCCAACCAAAGUGUUGACAGUGUCGGUUUGUCUGUUGUGUGGCCAUCAACAUGCUUAAGUUUUGUUCGCUGCGUCGCCGUAGCAGUGCCGCCGCUGCUUCUACUACUACAGUAAAGCCCACCAAGCGCGUCUCCAAAAGUGUAUGACAAGUUAGCUUAAUCUUUGAAUUUAAGUCGCUUUACAUUUAGU